AUGCGCCUCGCGACGCGGCGCACGCUGCCGCAAGGCAUCACAGCGCUCCUCGCGCUGACGUCGCCCUUCGCGCCGCCCGGCAACGCCGCGAGCUUCCAGAAGGACGUCGUCGUAAGGGUGCUCGACGACGACAAGGUGAAGCUCGAGGCGCUGGGCACGGUGCAGCUCGCGGGCAUCCGCACGCCGACGCGCGGCGUGCCCGACUGCUACGCGCGCGUGCCCUUCGUGCGCGCGCGCGCGCUGCUGCCGCGCGGCGCGCGGGUCGGCGUGAGCUUCGUCGAGGGCGGCGGCGCGGAGAUCCAAUUGGCGGACGGCACGUCGGUCAACGCGGCGCUCGUCCGCGAGGGCUACGCGAAGCGGCGGCUGCGGAAGAACGACGACGACGCGCUCGCGUCGGCGCUCGCGCGCGCCGAGGCCGCGGCGAAGCGCGAAGGCGCGGGCAUCUGGACGACGUGCGAGGCCGACAGAGAGGUCGCGCGGCCGACCUUCGUCGCGACCUUCGACGACGUCGACUUCAAGCCGGCGCCCGCGAAGGACUUUGGCGACGCGCCGACGGUCGUGCGGAGCUGCGCGGAUUUUUCCGCCUACGAGGACGCGCUCGCCAUCUUCGAGCGCGGCACGCCCGACGUGCGGCGGCGCCUCGACCGCGACGGCGACGGCGUGCCCUGCCCGGACCUGCCGCACACGACGAACCGGGAGCUCUACCGCUUCAAGAAGCGGCCGCCGUCGUAA